AGUUUACGAUCAAUAUUACGAUUAUUACUCUGUUCGGUGAUCUCGCAUGCUGAACAUCCUAAUUGCGUCUUGUUAACGAGUUGAUUGUAAGUAACGUUUCAAGAUGUCGGCCGCAACAACAUCCAUGAUGGACAAGGUCCGAGAGAAGAUGCAAGCGCUUAAAGAUAAGAUUGAGGAGGCGGAAGAGAGAGAACAGAUGGCAAAGGCCGAGAUGAAGGAUGCAGAAACAAGGUCUUACCAACAUGAAUCAGACCUUGACUCCAUGCAGAAUAGGAUGACAUUAAUCGAGAAAGACCUAGAGAAGACUCUUAAGCAGCUUGAAGAGAAAAAGGCAAGGCUUGACGAGCUAGAGGAGAAGCAAGAACAGGAUGCAGAAGUCGUUAAGAACCUGGAAGGAAACGAGCUAGACGGAGACGAAAAGCUAAUAGAAUUGGAAGAAAUGYUGAAAGAAGCCACAGCCCAAGCUGAUCAAUACGAUCACAGGAACAUUGAAAUCAUCCAAAAGCUACAACAAACCGAAAGUGAGCUGACAAAACAAAGGAAAAGAGCCGAUGCAGCGGAAAAUUUGUUGGAGAAGCUGCAAACAACCGCUGAUGAGGCUGGUGACAACUUAAAAAGUUUGGAAAUGAAAGACAGCAACGCAUCGCAAUGGGAGGCGGAGACCGAGGAAAAAAUACAGUUUUUGGAAGAGCAGUUGAAAGAGAUAUUAGCUCAAGCCGAAGAUACAGAGCGACGCUGUGCGCCUCUUGAACGCCAACUAGACGAACAAAGCGUACAGAUCGAAGAGUUUCGACGAAAGAGAGAUGAGGUGGAGAAAGAAAUGGAAGAAAUGGCUGAAUUAGUAGAAGAAAGCAUUGAGUAGAAAAACGAACACUGCGAUACUUUUAGACAGGUAUAAUUAUUGCCAAACAUUUAUAUUGUUGUUACUAUUAUUAAAGGGUAAUAUGAUCAAUGCGAAGGAGACUAUGACCAUUGUUAAUCAAUCACGAUUGUGUUUGACAGCUUUUGAUAUUCAUGUUGUUAGAAUUCCAAAUUCUUAUUAGCCCAAUAAAUAAGCUGUUAUUAUUCCUCGCA